CAGGAACGAGGAAGUAGGCAGAGCUCAGCCGAAACCGACGGUGCGACCGUCCGCAGAUCGGAUUCAUGUCGUUUGUUUUGCGGAGCGAUGGCAGCCUGUGUGAGCGCUUACUAAAAAGUGCCAGAGCGAGUGCCCAUGAUGGGACAUGACCGCGAAAACCUGGGUGUGCCAUAGGGUGAGGUCUGGCCCGCAGCCCGCAGCCGGCAGCCGGGGUGGGUAUGAGGUAUGAGUGCUUGUCGGCUGCUCCAGCAGCAGAGGGUGGGGCUGCUGCAGGUGCUGUGCUCCAGCGGCACCGCCGAGAUCCUGGAGAGCGUGCUGGACCGGCUCCUGGCCUGGGACGUGCUGCAGUGGGAGGACUACCAGACCCUGCGGCCGCCUAACCGGCCACUGUGUACCAGCGCCAGGGAGCUGCUGGAUAUGGUGGCCAGCAAAGGCGAGGAGGCAUGCGGGCUCCUCCUGGGGGCCCUCGAUCAGGUCCUCCCCGGGGCUCAGAAAGCGAGCCUGUCCCUGGGGGCGAGCGCCGGUGGUCCUCCCCUAGCUGACAGGCCUAGCCCCUCCACAGCCUCCCAAACGCUGUGGAGCGAGCGGCCGUGCCUGGUGGUCCGGCUGCGGCCCUGCAUCGGGGCAGCGCUCCGGGCCCUGGUGGAGUCGGGCAGCCUGACAACCUACGACUGCGACGAAGUGCAGUUGCCCAUCAACACCCCCGCACAGCAGGCGAGGCGACUUCUGGACCUGGUGGGUUCGAAGGGCGAAUGUGCGGCAAAAGCUCUGCUGCAGUUUGUUGAACGGGUGGAGAAACCGCUAAAGUGGCCGGACUCAGGGACGACUUUCCCUGCAGAGCUUCUACAAUACCAGAAGAAGCUGAGGAGCUCUGUUGCUGCGCAGUCCCACUUCCUGAACACCUACGGAGGCACAGGCAGCCUGUCCUUGGACGACGUCUACACGGAAGGCCUGCUGGAGGUGUCCCAGGGCGGUGAGGAGGCCCAGCGGCCCAUUGGGCUGGAGGACAUCUUGGGCCAGGUGGGGACACUCAACAAGGAUGCCGACAUGGUACUGUUGCUGGGAGAGGCGGGCAGUGGGAAGACCACGCUGCUGCAGAGACUGCACCUGCUUUGGGCCAGGGAGGUGACACUGGAGAACUGGAUCCUCCUGUUUCCCUUCAGCUGCCGUCGGCUGAGUGCGGAGGAGCAGGAGCUGUCCGUCAGGGACCUCCUCUUUUCACAUUGCUGCUGGCCCGACCGGGACCCGGAGCCGCUCUUCCAGUUCAUCCUGGACCAUCCGGACCGGGUGCUCUUCACGUUUGAUGGGCUGGACGAGUUUCGCCUGCGUUUCACAGACGAGAAGCGCGUCUGCUGCCCCAUGCAGAGGGCCUCUGUCGCCGCCCUGCUGUUCAGCCUCCUGCAGGGCUGCCUAAUGCAGGGCGUGCAGAAGGUGGUGACGAGCCGGCCGGAGGCCUUCGAUGCCUCACUUAGGACGUAUAUCCGCAAGGAGGUGACGCUUAAGGGUUUCUCCCCCGAGAGAAUCGACUGCUUCUUGCGGAAGCAGCACCGCGAUCCUGGUCUGACCAGCCACGUCCUCCAGUCUCUCCACAGCAACACGGCGCUCUUCAGCCUCUGCCACGUCCCGGUCCUCUGCUGGAUCGUCUCACAGUGUUACAGGGAGCUGCUAGGCAGCGAGGGCAGCCAUUUGCAAACCUUCACCGACGUCUACAUCAUGAUCCUGCAGCACUUCCUGCAACGCCGUUGCCCCCGGCGCCUCCCCCUGGCGAGCGGCUGGGCCGGCGGGUACGCGGGUGUGGUGCUGCGUCUGGGCCGACUGGCCCUGCGGGGCCUCCAGACGGCCUGUUACGUCUUUUCGGACGGGGAGCUACAGAGGUAUGGGGUGACGGACAACGAUGUGGCCACGGGCUUCCUGAUCCGCAGCGACAGCUUCUCCGCCCUGGAGAAACACUACGAGUUCCUACAUGUCACCAUGCAGUGCUUCUUCGCCGCUCUCUUCGUCAUCCUCGGGGACGACGCUGACGGCUCGGCCGUCUUUCAGCUCUUUUGCCCCCGGGGCAGACGGAGACCCUCAUUGGCUGGUGUCUGCUCCAUGCCAUGUUUGCCCCAUCAGGACCCUGAGCUCAAAGGACACACGUCAGAAGCCGAGCGGCCCAAUUUACAGAUAAUGGCUACCUUCGUGUCCGGACUGCUGUCGCAGCGGCACCGCAUUCUUCUCAUCCAGUCGUGUCCAGCAUCCGUCCUGGACAGAAAGCGUCAGCAGGUGGUGAGAGGCCUUUCCCGGGGCAUCCAGAGGCACUUCCGCUCCAUCCCGCGGCCAGUGCAGGGUGAGAAGAAGAGCAUGCACGCCAUGCCGGAGUUCGUCUGGCUGAUAAAGUGCAUCUACGAGAUGCAGGAUGACGCCAUGGCCCGGCGCUCUGUGGCCAAGCUCAAGGUGGAGCACCUCAAGUUGACCUACUGCAACAUCGGGCCUGUGGAGUGCAGCGCCCUGGCCUACGUGCUGCAGCACCUGCGCAGCCCCGUGGGCCUGCAGCUCGACUACAACUGCGUGGGGGAUGUGGGCGUGGAGCAACUGCUGCCGUGUAUUAGGGUCUGCCACUCACUCUAUCUAAGGAACAACAACAUAUCAGAUGAAGGAAUUCGGAAACUCACAGAGAAAGCUGUUCAUUUUGAGAACUUCCAGAAGAUUGCACUCUUCAACAACAAGCUAACUGAUGCAUGCAUGAUGCACUUUGCUGAACUUCUCAAGGCAAAGCAGAAUUUUUUGGCAUUAAGGCUGGGAAACAAUUACAUCACAGCGGUGGGGGCGGAGCUUCUAGCAGAAGGACUGAAAGAAAACUCCUCUCUGAAAUAUCUUGGAUUGUGGGGGAACAAAAUCAAAGACAGGGGGGUAGAAGCACUGGCCAAAGCACUGCAAAGCAACUGCCGUCUGGUGUGGCUGAGCCUGGUAGACAACGGCGUGGGCAGCGCUGGGGCACGAGCUCUGGCACAACUGAUUAAGACAAGCCAAAGUCUGGAGGAGCUGUGGUUAAGCAAGAACUGCAUCACCAGGGAGGGUAUCGAGUACCUGCUGGAAGCAUUGCAAACAAACACCAGUGUCAAAGCAAUCUGAGCUCCUGAGAUAGACUCUUGGUUCAUUGCGACCCUUUACUGCUGUUUCCCAUGGAGCUGGAAGGGAGCAAAAAACAUGGACUGUGUGGAGGUCCCCGAGGCCCGGGGUGCGAAACAUUGCUUUACUGGGUAAGUGGUUACGUAAUAAUCCAGACUCUAAAACAUUACUCUUUCCCAAUAAAGGCUGAAGGGCAAUGAUCUCAGUCCAGAAGAGGUCGAGGAGCUGAAACAAAGAGACCAGCGACUGACUUUCUGAAGAGAAUUUUUAAUCAAGGUCACCUCUUACUGUCAGAAACUGGCUGUUACUUCACUCUUCCACAUACCUCACACAUUUACCUGUUAAAACGCACAAUAUUAAUAGUAUCUCGUAUGUACAUAAUUUGUUUUCGCAGCUUUGUUUAAGGUACAAAAUGUGGAAUUAUAACAUGAAGGUCUUUGGUCUGAGCCAUACCAGGAUGUACUGAGCAUGUUUGAGAGAUCAUUUUGAAAAUGUUGACAAAGCCAUGGUUAUCGAUUCAGUCAUUUUCAUGCCUUGUAGCAGUUCUGUAAAAACAUUUUCUCGCCACUAUUUUUGAGAGCGAAGGAACUCAGAACUCAGCCCAAACCAAAACUUAAUACAGCUUGCAUUUUACUUCACUUUAAAUAAAGAACAUUUAAAUUAUUGACUAAUCUGGUAUGUGGCUGCAAACUGUUUGUAUUUUGCAUAUUUUGGAGUUUUGUAUUGGUUUUAUAUUUGGUGUUGUGUAUGGUUCUGAUUUAUUUUUCUGUUCAAGCUGUGCUAUCAUGAUACAAGUGUGCAUGAAAGAAAACCGGGUAAUAAAGUCCAAACUUUCAUUUUGGCAGCUUGAGUUACAUUUCCAUCCUCCUUGUGCAUAGCAGUGAGCGAGGAGCACGUAACUCAUCAUCCAGUUACCCUAAAUUUACAAUUGUUCAUUCUGCCAUUGUACCUGCCUGCUAACACUUUUGCCUAAGUGUAUAGUGAUGACAUAUUUGCUGGAAUUAUAGUUUGUGUCCAAAUAAAAUACUCUAAAGGUGUUGACUGAUA